GGGUUCAAAUGAGGCAGCUCCUGGCUGCCUGAAGGGACGGCCGGGAGCGCCGAGCGCCCCGCGGGAACGUACCGCUUCGGACGCGGGACGCAGCCCAGAGCGGUCUUGAGCGAGAAAAACGCAGAAGAGGAAAAAAGAAUUGCAGAAGAGGAAAAGAAUCCCCAGCACGUCCCGGCUGGUCGCAGCACGGCGCACGCGGACUGCGGGUCGCCGAGGCGAUGUCACCGCGGUCGGGCCGCGGCGGCAGCUGCUGACGGGAGCGGCCGAGGAGCGCAGCGAGGAAGCCGAGCAGCCGCGGAAUGGAGAUUCUACCACCUGUUUGGGUGACUGCUUCAAUCCUCAGUCACCCUCACAAUGAAGUUCAAACAAAACCCAGUUUUUUCCUGAGAAGAAUAUUUGACCGGAACUAGAGGAUCAUGAUGACAACAAGAUUCAUCUGUUUAAUACUAGUAACUGUUGUGGGAGUUACUACAGGUGAAACACAGGAAUUUGAAGGCAAUGACAAGGAAAAAGCUCAAGAAUUCAUUUAUAUGAAUAGAUAUAAGCGUUCCAGUGACACACAGGACAAAUGCACUUACACCUUUAUCGUACCUCAGCAGAGAGUGACAGGUGCCAUUUGUGUUAAUUCUAAGGAGCCUGAAAUUCUGCUUGAAAACCGGGUAAAUAAACAAGAAUUACAGUUACUUAACAAUGAACUUCUUAAACAAAAGAGACAAAUAGAAACUCUCCAGCAACUGGUAGAGGUGGAUGGUGGAAUUGUUAAUGAAGUUAAACUGUUAAGAAAAGAGAGCAGAAACAUGAAUUCUCGUGUCACACAACUCUACAUGCAGCUAUUACAUGAAAUUAUCCGAAAACGUGAUAACGCCUUAGAACUUUCUCAACUUGAAAAUAAGAUUUUGAACCAAACUGCAGACAUGUUGCAGCUUGCAAACAAAUACAAAGACUUAGAGCACAAGUAUCAACAUUUGAUGUCAAUCGCCAAUAAUCAGACAAUAAUAAUUGCCCAGCUGGAAGAACAUUGUCAAAGAAUGCCAUCCAUAAAGCCACUGCCACAAACUCCACAACCACCAAUUAAAGUGUACCAGCCUCCUACUUACAAUCGCAUUAAUAACCAGAUAUCUACUAAUGAGAUUCAAAGUGAUCAGAACUUAAAGGUUCUGCCACCUACCUUACCAACCAUGCCUGCAGUUACUAGUAUUCCAACUUCAACUGAUAAACCAUCUGGGCCCUGGAGAGACUGUCUACAAGCAUUAGAAGACGGCCAUGACACAAGCUCCAUCUAUCUUGUAAAACCAGAAAACACAAACCAGCUUAUGCAGGUCUGGUGUGACCAACGGCAUGACCCUGGUGGCUGGACUGUCAUUCAGAGACGGCUGGAUGGCUCUGUCAACUUUUUCAGGAACUGGGAAACAUACAAGCAAGGAUUUGGUAAUAUAGAUGGAGAAUAUUGGCUUGGAUUAGAAAACAUCUAUUGGUUAACAAAUCAAGGCAACUACAAACUGCUCAUAACAAUGGAAGACUGGUCAGGUCGAAAAGUAUUUGCUGAGUAUGCCAGCUUCAGACUGGAGCCAGAGAGUGAGUACUACAAGCUGAGACUGGGACGCUACAACGGCAACGCGGGAGAUUCUUUCACCUGGCACAAUGGCAAACAGUUCACCACGCUAGACCGGGACCACGAUGUAUAUACAGGUAACUGUGCUCAUUACCAGAAGGGAGGAUGGUGGUACAAUGCAUGUGCUCACUCAAAUCUCAAUGGAGUCUGGUAUCGUGGAGGACACUACCGCAGUCGGUAUCAGGAUGGUGUUUACUGGGCUGAAUUCCGGGGAGGAUCAUAUUCACUAAAGAAAGUUGUUAUGAUGAUAAGACCUAACCCUAACACAUUUCACUGAAAUAACUCUUCUCUUGGUUUGCUUCUAAAAAUCACAUAAAGCUAUGAUUUUAUCACCUGAAAUUAUCUUUUCAGAAAUGAGGAAUGUAAGAUACUGUACAUUUAUUGAUAAGGUAUGAGGGCUUGUAUAUUAUAUUUUCAAGAAUCAUGCCCAGAAAAAGAGCUGAAGAAAAGGAACUGUAAUAACAUUCAGAACACCUCUUGGUCCUAUUAGAACUUGCAGUUUACAUGAAAACUGUAGAUAAACUUCCUGGUUUUUAUUCCCUGUAAAUUAAGUUUGGAAGAUAAAAAUAUUGCCACCACAUUUAAGUAUUUUUGUAUGUUAUGUAUAAAUAUUCUCAAAUACAGGAAAUACUACAAACUGUACAGUAAGAGUUUUAUUAUUAUUAUUGUUAUUAUAAGCAAUCAUUUGACACAGGAAUCAUAUCCUUUGAACUAUGUAGCUGGUAUAUGUACAUUAGUGUGAUGAUUAUGUAAUCUUUGUUAACUACCAUGAAUAAAUUUAGAACUAUAUAAUUCUGUUUUGAGAGCAGAUACUCAAACCAUUAUUGUCCUGAUAAAUCCGGUCUUUUCCCUUCACUAUGUGCAUUUAAAUAAUCUGCUCCUAUGAAAGUUCACCAUUAACUCAAAUAUUUUAGAUUAAAAACAUUAAUUAUUUCUUACCAAAAUGAAGUAGCUACUUGCAUAUGGAAAUUAAUCCAGAUUUAUAAUAGGUAUUCUGUGCUCUAUAGCCAACAUGUUAUACUACACAACUGUUACGGUAUUUUGUACCCGACUUCAGUGAUUACCUGCUGUGUAGCCUCUAUAUUCAGAAAUGGCUGGAUACAAAUUAAAGGGUCUAUCCAACUUUGCAGGCAAAUGAUGGAUACCAAUUUAUAAGCUAUUUAAUAACCUUAGCCUUUAGAUAAAAAAUUAUAUAGAGAACUUAUCCAUAGCAAAAAAGUUAUUUUAAACAUAUUUCACAAUUAUUACUGUCAAAUUAUUAAACAGAUUUACUCAUAUUUAGAGGUCAGUCAUACGUAUGAAAUACAGACUGGAGUAAUUCUAAUAUUCUUCUGAGAUAGGUUUCUAUAACAGAUUGUCAACACACCCAUUACAAACAAACUACUACAAAAAAUACAAGUUAAAGAAUGCAUAAAAGAGGCAGAGUGAAAGCCUCUAGAAGUUCAACAUAUUUUUUGGUCAGCCUGUAUGACACUGAGUGUUUGUGUGUGUUUGCAUACUUUUCCCUUAUUACCUCAUCACAUCUUUACCACAGUAUGAUGUGUGACGUAGCAUGUGCUGUAUAUAACUGAAAGUAGGGUUUUUAAUAUAUUAGAUUACCCCUGUAAUAUUGUAACCCUUAAUAAAGUACCAAAUGUUAUUUUAA